AUGGCAUUCAAAUUCGUAGUAUUCGCCGCCUUCGUAGCCGUAGCUCGUGCCGGAGCUAUCGGUUAUGCCGCCGCUCCAGUGGCUUACUCUGCCCCCUCAGCCGUAGCUACCUCUUACUCUUCCAUCGCUCACUCCGCUCCAGUAGUAUCCAAAUACGCCGCCGCUUCAGUCUACACUCAAUCCUACGCCGCCCCAGCUUACACUCACGGAUACGCCGCCCCUGCCGUAGCCACCUAUGCCUCCCCAGUCGCCCACGUAGCCUACUCUCCAGUCCAAAAGACCAUCGUCGCUGAGGCUCCAGCUAACUACGACUUCGGUUACUCCGUAAACGACCCACACACCGGAGACAGCAAAUCUGCCCAAGAAACCCGUCACGGAGACUCCGUACAAGGAUCUUACUCCCUCAUCGAGGCUGAUGGCACCAAGAGAACCGUAGAAUAUACCGCUGACGGACACAACGGAUUCAACGCCGUAGUUCAUAAAGAACCAGCUCAUGUAGCCGUCAAAGCCGUAGCCAAAGUAGCUGUAGCCGCUCCAGUCGCCUACGCCGCCCCAGUAGCUCACUACGCUCACGCCGCUCCAGUAGUAUCUCACUCUUUCGCCUCUCCAGUCAUUUCCUACGCUGCUCCAGUACAAUCUUACUACCACCACUAA